GCCAAGAAUUUUUUUUCUGAACACAAGACUGCUUUGUUGACGGGAGGUUUUGCUCUAGCUGGUCUUUUGGCAGGUCCAGCAAUAGUUGGCGGAAUAGUAGGUGUAAUAGGAUUCGGUGAAGUUGGUAUUGCAGCUGGAUCUAUCGCAGCAUGGAUGAUGUCCUUACAUCGCGGAACUGUUGCUGCUGGUAGCCUUGUAGCGAUUUUACAAUCAGUUGGCGCUGCUGGUUUGGGUAUUGGAGGGAUUAUUGCUUCUGGCGUAGGUGGUAGUUUAUUCGCUGGCGCAAUUGCUAAAGCAUUACUUAAAACUUUAGAAUCUGAAGAAACAUUAGCAGAAUUAGAAAAUUUUGUUUCUAAUUUUGGAAUUGUCAUUUUCAAUGUGAAAUCUCCGCUUCUUACAAAUAAUGGAGCAUUAAAUUCAUUUUGUAGAGGGUUUGAUUCAGCUCGAAGGAUCACUAAUACUAAACGAUUCGAAUUUCAAGUUGUUGAAGAAUGUAUUGAUGGUUCAAAUUCUUUACGUAGAUACUUAGAAAGUACCUAUGGAACUGAUCAUGUUUCAGUAGAAGGGAGUAGAUACUCGUUGAAUUUAGAAUAAAUAACUAGGAAAUGAUUAUUUAAUAGGGGAGAUAUCUAAACUCUGCAAUUGUUUUUUUUUUUACCGUGAACAAUAAGAUCGCAUCUUUUUUUUUAUGAUUUAUUUUAUUUUAUUCUUUUUCAAAUAAAACUCGAGAUUUUAUGAUUUAUUUUAUUUUUUUCAAAUAAAACGCGAUUAACAAUUUCAUAAAUCGAACAUAUCAACUUCAUAAUGCGCUGAAUUAUACAAUUGACGUGU